AUGCCUGUGACGAAACAAUUCCCUACAAAUUUAGCCCACACUCUCAAGACACAUAAUGGGCCCGUGAAUGCCGUCACAUUCUCCAGCUAUCCUGGAACGUACGUUUUGACCGGUUCCUCCGAUCGCACUGUUCAUCUCUCCCGCGCGAUACCCAACAAACCUGGUACAGAAACGACAUCCCCGAUCCAAAAGUACGAAGCGCACGGGUACUCGGUGCUCGAUGUCGCCGUCGCGGGUGACAAUUCCCGCUUUGCCAGCGUUGGCGGAGACCGACAGGUUUUCCUCUGGGAUGUUGAACAGGGCAUAACUAUAAAGCGAUGGAGUGGACAUGCGGCCCGUAUUGAAGCGGUCCAAUUCGCAGGCGAAGGCGACUCGGUGGUCGUUUCUGGUAGCGCGGACACUACGAUUAAUCUCUGGGACACACGGUCCAACUCAACGAAGCCAAUCCAAACCCUCACUGAAGCCAGCGACACGGUCUCAUCCAUCCACGUUCACACCCCUACGUAUUCCAUCGCAAGUGGAAGCUACGACGGCCGUGCCCGUAUCUACGAUGUUCGCAUGGGUCGUACAACGGUCGAUGUUCUCGCACACCCAGUAACGAGCGUGCGCUGUUCGACGGACGGGAAUGCCCUCCUGGCUUCAACAUUAGACAGUCGCAUUCGAAUGCUUGAUCGCACAGAUGGCAAACUCCUCCAGGCUUUUGGAAGUGGAAAUAAAAACCCCGGGAAGACCGGGUAUCGAAACAAUGAGCUGCGAAUCAGGUCUGCGUUUGCCAAGGGGGAUGCGAUGGUGCUCAGUGGAAGCGAAACGGAUAAGGAAGACCGGUCGGCCCAGGCAUACGUAUAUGCUUGGGAUGUUGUGAGCGGGGAGCUCAUCGCUAGUGUUCCAGUUGGCGAGGGCGUCAAGGUUGUCAGUUGCGUGGCGUGGAAUGAGAAGGGGGGAUGUUGGGCCGGUGGUUGUUCCGACGGAAGCGUCAAAAUCUACGGCUAA